UGGGGUUUAUGCAAUCGGUGCUGAAGGCUCGGUUGACGACAACCGACAGCCAACUCGUAUUUAGUAGCAAUCGCGACGUACAGAGAAUGCCACAAGUUAGGUUUUAACGCUCCUCUCUAUUUAAUUAGUAUAAAACUUACGAAUCACGAUUUACUACAUUACGCUAGAGAUCUCGGGCCGGUAAAGAUGUAUCAAAUAUAUAUAAUAGCCACUGUGAUUGCUGUUAUUCAUGGAGCGGUGGAUUUUCAGAAGCACUUCAAAGUAUGUAACAGGAAUUCACUGGAACUAAAUGACUGUAUGGUUGAAGCAGUGCGCGAUGGAAUCCUUGCGAUGGCAGAUGGCAUAGAGGAAUUGCGGAUUCCGCCUAUUGACCCGUAUCACCAAAAGGAAUUAAAAGUUGAAUAUAAAAAUAACCAGAUUUCUGCCAAAAUAGUGACAAAAGAUAUUUACGUGGCAGGACUCAAAUCCUCUGUGGUUAAAGAUGCAAGAGUCCGUGCUGAUGAGGAUAGUCUUCGAAUCGAAAUUGAUUUGUUUUCACCAACGGUCUUUAUAAAAGGGGAGUAUGAAGGAGAAGGCCAAUAUAAUGCGCUAAAAGUUGCUGCUGACGGAGAAUUUAAUACAACAAUGACUGAUUUAGUGUACACAUGGAAACUAGAAGGGGUUCCAGAGAAGAAUGGUUCUGACACAUACAUUCGGAUAAAAUCCUUCUACAUGAGACCUGAUGUUGGAAAUAUGAUUACUAACUUUUUUAACAACAAUCCGAGUACUAGGGAAUUGACGGAUUUAGGUACAAGAUUUAUGAAUAAUAACUGGAGACUUCUUUAUCGCGAGCUUUUACCAUUCGCACAAUCUAACUGGGAUAAAAUUGGCACGCGUGUUGCGAAUAAAAUAUUCUUAAAAGUGAAAUAUGAUGACAUUUUUCCUGUGGAUUGAAGACAAUUCGAGGGUAAUUGCGGUAUAGAUGCCCUACUCAUAAAAUCGAGUUGAACACUUUUCAUAUUAUUUGUCAUUAAAACAUUUAACUAUUAUAAUGGAUAUACCCAUAUUUUAAUAUUAAAUCGGUAAAUGAAAGUAAAACACUUUCUUUAUAUGCGUGAAAAUAACCAAAAAAUAUAUAAACUUUCUAUGUGCUUACGGCAGGGUGUAGUUGCUCCAUGUGCUUUUUUAUCACAUAUUUUCUUUUAUUGUAAAUAGAAGGAUUCAACUUUAAAAUAUUAUAAUUCAGUUUAUAUUGUCACUGGUACUAUCAUAAUAUAAUACGGCCUCAUGGGCACCGCUAAGAUUAGUUUAAGGGAGGUGCAUCUGCACCUACGCUUUGCUAUGUAAUAUCAUAAAGUUUUAUUUUUUCAAUUCUAAUCACGCGGGUUUUUGAAAAUGCUGUACUUAUUAUAAAAUAGACCCUGUGGUCGAUAUGUUCUCAUUGUUGCGGAUUUCUUCAGUGACUUACAUUUUUUGUGAUUUAUUUCUAGGCAGGGGGGGGGGAGGGUGCACGUGCAUCUAUUAUCUAUUAUAUAUUGUGAUAAAUUAAAAGUACUUAAAAGUAAAAAAUAAUGGGCUCACUGUAAUCAUUAGUGAGACAAAUGUUUAAUGUAAAUAUACUUACCUAUACCUACAAAUGAUGAUAAGGAUUAAAACAGUAUACUUAAUAAUUGUACUUACAUUAUGUAGGUAAUUAGCAAUCGCUCAUUUUAAAGUACAAAAUAAGUUCUCAUAAGUAUAAGUAACAUUAAAUAUACCUAAGUAUAUAUUUAAUAAAAACAAUUAU